GGGCGGGGCAGCCCGCGUGGUUUCCGCUCCUGUUGUGUGAGGGGCCGGAUCCCAAACGGCCUCCGCCGCGGCGCGCAGCGUCUCCGGGUUUGGGAGCCGGGACUCGGGGCCGGGAGCCGGCUGCGCCCUCCACCCGCUUCCCCCGCCCGGCCCGUCUGUGCCCGCUGCCCCCGGCUUCCGUAGGCCUCGCUCGGACCGAGACACCCCCCCCCCCCCGCCCGCGCGCCGCCUCACCUGGGCCCUUGCCCCCUGCGGCCCCGGCGCGCGCCCCCCGGCCCCGCCAUGUCGCUGCACGGGAAGCGGAAGGAGAUCUACAAGUACGAGGCGCCCUGGACCGUGUACGCCAUGAACUGGAGCGUCCGGCCCGACAAGCGCUUCCGCCUGGCGCUCGGCAGCUUCGUGGAGGAGUACAACAACAAGGUCCAGCUUGUUGGUUUAGAUGAGGAGAGCUCAGAGUUCAUUUGCAGAAACACUUUUGAUCACCCAUAUCCUACCACAAAGCUCAUGUGGAUUCCUGACACCAAGGGAGUAUAUCCAGACCUGUUGGCAACCAGCGGUGAUUACCUGCGUGUGUGGAGAGUGGGUGAAACUGAGACCCGACUGGAGUGCUUGCUGAACAAUAAUAAGAAUUCUGAUUUUUGUGCCCCGUUAACGUCGUUUGAUUGGAAUGAAGUGGAUCCUUAUCUUCUUGGUACCUCUAGCAUUGACACAACCUGUACCAUCUGGGGUCUGGAGACUGGGCAGGUAUUGGGAAGAGUAAAUCUGGUAUCGGGCCAUGUCAAGACCCAGCUUAUUGCACAUGACAAAGAGGUGUAUGACAUUGCAUUUAGCCGUGCGGGUGGCGGGAGAGACAUGUUUGCGUCAGUUGGCGCAGAUGGCUCGGUGCGGAUGUUUGACCUUCGUCAUCUGGAGCACAGCACCAUUAUCUAUGAGGAUCCACAGCACCAUCCAUUGCUGCGUCUCUGCUGGAACAAGCAGGAUCCCAACUAUCUUGCAACAAUGGCCAUGGAUGGUAUGGAGGUGGUGAUUCUAGACGUCCGAGUUCCCUGCACACCUGUUGCCAGGUUAAACAACCACAGAGCAUGUGUGAAUGGCAUUGCUUGGGCGCCUCACUCUUCCUGCCAUAUCUGUACGGCAGCGGAUGACCAUCAGGCUCUCAUCUGGGAUAUCCAGCAAAUGCCUCGUGCCAUUGAGGACCCAAUCUUGGCCUACACAGCAGAAGGGGAAAUCAACAAUGUACAGUGGGCAUCGACUCAGCCGGACUGGAUAGCUAUCUGCUACAACAACUGUCUGGAGAUCUUGAGAGUGUAACACUAUUGGUCUGUGCCAAACUGAGGCAGGGCUUUAUAACUUCCCCUCCCCUCUAAAGUAAGAACAAACAUGUUUCAAGUGGCCAGUAUCUUUUGUUGCUUUGCAUCUACUGUUCCAAGAAACUGUUACAGGAGUUAAUGGCAGGUGUCGGCUGUCCCUACAAGACUCAGAAAACGAAGGGAUGCACCCAGCCUCUUGGACCUUCUGGGUUUUGAUUUUAAUAUUUUUCUCAAUUAAAAAGUUCUGUAUAUCUGUUUGUUGACUGUGUUAAUGAGCAUUACAGGCUUUAAAUGACUGUUUUCAGUUGCUGCAUAUGUCCAUGUGUUUGUCAGUCAGCUGAGGCAGCACAUCCAAUUAGUUUGAUAGAUGUAAGUGCAAAACUAGGUGGAAAGAAAACACAUUAAUAUUAACCACCACCUUUGCAGGAAUUUUUAAUCAUUCCUGUUACUGUCCCUAAACCGUUUGAACAUUUGUAUGUUUUUAUAUAUUGGACUAAGUUUUCUAUUAAGUCGGCUCUUCACCCAAGUUCUUAUUUUUGAUGUGAUCCACUUCCAUAAGCCCCAGGCAGGAUCUGUUGAUAAUGAUGGGUCAUAAGCAUCAUUGUAGACUUCCUAGCAGUAAACCUGUUGCUGUUGCCUUGGCUAUGUGCCCCUGACCAUUUGGUCAGAAUCGCCUGGUGCUGUGAAGUACCACUACUUGUCGCACAGUACUUCCAUUUUAACCGAUGCUAGAGGCAGUUGUUACUAUGGUGGGCCUUAUGUUAGAUCAUAAGUGAAUUAUUGAGUCUCUCACAGGUGUAUUACUUAACUGAAUGGUGAUACGAUUCACAGAGAGAAGGUGCUAUGAGCAUGACUAGAGCUAUUUUUGAAAACAUUUAGUAAAAAAUGUCACUUGUAAUGCAUUUGGAUAGACACGUCCAGUCAAAUGAUUCCUCUAGAAAGCUUCCUGUGUGAACCCAAAUAAAAUGGUUUCACACUUUCUAGCUUACUUGAUGGGCAACUGUAAUUCUAAGCAAAAUUCUGUAUCUAACCUAUACCUUAGAGUUUCUUUUGCAUUUGGCUCCUCUUCCUGGGAGUUCUACAAAGUGAAUGAGUGAAGAGCUAGCUUUUGUUCCUAAGAGCAGGGAGAGAAGCAUUAGCAUUGUACUGUCAGAUCUUGUUGGAUGAAUGUGAUAGAAACAGUUAGAACAGCUGGUCUGCUGUCCAAAGGCAAAUCAUGUCCCUGUAAAGGAAAGCUUCCUAAAGUAACAUACAGGGUUGGGUCUAAAUUAAAAAGUUGCCCAGUGUCUCAAAUGGAGACCUUGUUUUGGCUCUAGUUGUCAUUCUUGGGUACUGCAACUCUUGUAAGAGGACCAGGAUAGGUAUGGUGAGGGGGGAGCCUUCUGUUUUCAUCCAAGUUCUCUUUCUGAAGUGGAAAGGUAAGAGUGGGCGCAGCGGGCCCUCUGUCACCAUGAUGCUUUAUGAUUAGAGCUGUGGAGGGUUAGCAAAAUUCUUUUGUUGUCUUAACAUGGCGGGUAGUUUGAAUAUUGUCAUUUUCUUGUUUUGAUCAGCUAUCUGCAAUACCCUUCAAAUGAGAAGGUGACAAACUGAACACAGCACUGUGGUGAGGUCUAACCAUCACCUUGUACGGUAAUAGUAGACUGAGCUGAUGAGGUCAAGAUCCAGAUCCGCUGACCCUGACUCAUUACCUUGAGAGACAAUCUUGAUAUUGAGUGAAAACCAAAGGCGGCGGCAUACAUAAAUUAAUUUUUUUUUAAGAAUAUUAGGCUUUCAAUUUGAAGUAACUUCAGUUACAUACACCUUCUCUCCCGAGUCCUUGCAACCAUAGGUUUCUAUUUUAAAUGCUCUGUCCCUCUUGUUCUGAGACCCAGACAAACAGGGAAGACUGGCUACAUGGAGUCAAUGAAACUAAAUGUUCAGCCUGCUGUCAAAUGCAGAUUAAAAUUGAAAAAUGGAGAUGUCUCCUUUUUCAAUUAUAAUCUUACCUGUUUCUGGUAACAGGCAAAAAUUAUCCUACAGGUGACUUUAAAAAAAAAAAAAUAGAGUAUAUAAAAACAUCUUAUUCAUCUGAUCACCUUUCAUUAGCGACGGAUAUUUACUCCAGUUAACAGUGCAUAGCCAACACGUCUCUGGGAGAGUGAGGUGCGUUCUGUUCAGUCUCACGCAUUGUCAAUAAAAUUCAUUACGUUCAAAUUGCAAAAUUUUUAUUGAUGGGUGAGCCAUAAAGAACUGUCUGGUGUUCAGAUUCUGGCAUGGUUGCCAGAUAGCUUACACAUGCAUCUCUGGUAUUUUAAGCGAAUUUGCUCCAGAAAUCAUUGAUACACAAGUGUGGAACUACACAUUAAACUUGUUUCAGAGUAGCAGCCGUGUUAGUCUGUAUCCACAAAAAGAAAAGGGGUACUUGUGGCACCUUUAAAGACUAACAAACUUAUUUGAGAAAUUUGUUAGUCUCUAAGGUGCCACAAGUACUCUUCUUUUUACAUUAAACUUGAUCACUCUUCAAAGUAGAGCUGCGCCUUUAAAGUUAAACUUAAAUAUGCAAGCAUGUUAGAAAAUGAAAGUUGCAUUUCUAAUAGCAACGUUCAUUUAUAUUGUGUAGAUUGCUUUUGUUUAGAUAUACUUGUAACAAUAUUACAUGAAAGUCUUGCAUGUGUAUCUAAAUACAAGUACUAGGCACAGUGUAAACAAGCUAAUGUCAGUGAGAGAAGUGUAAACCUUUUGCUUCCUGACUCUGCAAACUAAAUGUGUUCACAUAACGUUGCAAUAAGUUUUGCAUUUCAUGUUUUGGGGAAGUAGGGUUUUGGGGGAGAUUGGGGGGGGGGGGGGGGGGGGGGACUUUCAGAAUGUUAGUAUUUAAAUAGUCCCAGUUAGGCUUUUGAAGUUUUAUUCUGUUGAUGUAAAUUGCGUGGGUAAAGGUUGAGUUGCUGCUGACCGAUUUCUGCAAGGCUGAGUUAACAGUGUAGCUGUAUAUCUGUUUCUAGCUGUGGUCUUCAGAAGGAAAAAAUGAUAGCAACUUAAUGUUCUUCAAGCUGAAAGCUUAGUUCUGCAAAUACUACAAAGAAUGUAUCAAAAACGGUGGAUCCCAUGAUCUUAAUUGUUUCUUGUCCACCAUUUUCUCUGGUCUCUCUGAUCUUGACAGGCUCAUGUUUCAAUGAGAAACAUAGUUUCCUGCAAACUGUUUAUGGUCAGGCCAGACACUGAGCUUAUGUGGUUUCUCUGCCCCAUUAUAGGUUGUAUUAGGCAGAAUGGUAUUGAACAUGCUCAUUGACUCUUCUCUGUAGAUUCUUAUACUAUGCUCAUUACUGUGGUAUUUGAACACCUUUGAAUCACACUCUUCCUCCCACCCAGCUGAGUGAUGGUCAUGGAGGACAAUUCACUUGGAGAAGUUUUAGUUGAUAUAGUAAGAGAUCUUUUGCGUUAAGGAAAGGGAAUAAACAUCCAGUUGAAACAGCCAAAGGGAUUUUCCUCAAACUUUCCAAAAAUAUAAUCCUACCUAGACUAAGAACAGAGUUUAGACCAAUGAGAAUUGAGCAUUAAGAGCAUGUGAAAAUGAGACUAAAUGAGUACACACAACUUCAUAGCUUCCAUUACCAGCAGAAGUGGUUCUGUUAUGUACACUGAGGAGACCUCAUCUUGGGGCCUUCCUCCAUAAGAUUUCUUGCAGAACAUUUGUGGCUUUGUCUAUAGCGAUUAGGCUCCUGAUCUAAAGUUCCUUGAAUGCAAUGGUUCUCCUCCAACUUCACUAGUUUUGUAUCCUUUCUCUGGCUAACUAAUUCCAGCCUUUGGGCUGCAUUUUAAAAACCCAGCUGCCCUGGAUAGCUGCCCAUGUGAUAGUUGGUAGCAUGUUUUUGCUCCCAGCCCAAAGAUGAGGCAAGACUUUAAAAGCUAGCUGGAGGAUGAGCCAGUGCAUUUAGUAUGUUAAAUCUGUAUAUUGCUGAAUUAAAUCAGUCUGUGGUAGGUUGCUGCAACUAAACGUGUCCUUCCCAUGUGCUAGGAUUUAAUAGGCAAGGUUGCUUUGACAAUCUCUUGAGUAAGAAAUUCAGUGGUCUCAAAGUACAGAAAGAGAAGAGGUUGACACUGCAGGUUGUUCCUUACUUUAAGGCCCCCCUGGGUACUUAUGGGAAGCAAAGCCUUGUGUAUCUAUCUAAAGCCUUGCUUCCCAUAAGAGUCAAAAUUCAUGAUCCCUUCAAAAUUUAGUUGUGUUCACACAUCUGCAUUGCUUCUAAUUACUUUUUUUGAACACUGGAUAAUAAAGGUCAGCAACCAGAAUAGAUUCAUUGAUGAGAGAAAUCCACAUCUGCUUGAUCUGUAGAUACAUUUCUCCAACCGAAUCCCAGUUAAGAAACUAUGUCUAUGCUAAUGUAUUGGCAUAUACAUACAUUUUUUGGACUUUUGUUUUGUUUUAAAAUAUAAGUUCAGGAAGCUGAGCACGCUGGUUUUCAUGCUUUAGAUGGAACUUUAGCAGGUAUAUUUUUGUUAGGGUUAGGAAUGGAAUAACCUUCCUACCUCAAUCCUUUAGGGCUGGUGUUUGACUCUGAACCCUGUGUCUGAUUAAUAAAAUGUUAAAUACAGCAUGAGAGUUUCCUGACUGUUGCAGUUCCAAAGUGGCUCUGGCUGGCAGCACAUGGUGACCUCUCUCACGCCAGAACCACCUGAAAAGCAACAUGAAAAAUGCAAGCACUUGAAAAUGCUGUUAACUCUGCAAACUGUGAGGCUUUAUAUUCAGAUGACAGUAUGAUCCAGUAGGGGCCUCUCAAGCACUUGACUUUGCCUCUUGCCCAAACAGAACUUUUUUUUUUUUUUUUUUGGCUUCAUUUGGGUACUUUUAUUAUUGCCUAGUUGUGUGGGGGGGGGGGGAGGGCCUGGAAUUAGGUGCCCUUUCAAACAUAUGGCAGAAAUGAUAGGUGGUUUGGGUAGAUGGUUAUCAUGGGAUGUAGGUGAAUUCUGCAGUCUGCUUUGUCAAUUCCAUAAAGUCAGGAAAAUGGAUGCAGCUUUCUGCGACUUAAGAUGCAGAAUUCAAAGAUCUUUGACUUCUCAAAAUUCCUGGGUGCGGACUAUUUUAACCCUUUCAGAUAUGCUGCACAGGCAGAAAUGGAUCAAUCACAAGGUGCAGCUUGGUGCACGGUACGGCUGCACAAUUGUUUAUACCUCCCUCAGUGUAUUGAAAGAUUUCAGAGUAACAGCCGUGUUAGUCUGUAUUCGUAAAAAGAAAAGGAGUACUUGUGGCACCUUAGAGACUAACCAGUUUAUUUGAGCAUGAGCUUUCGUGAGCUACAGCUCACUUCAUCGGAUGUGCUUCAUCAUGGAUAUGCUAUGCAUCCGAUGAAGUGAGCUGUAGCUCACGAAAGCUCAUGCUCAAAUAAACUGGUUAGUCUCUAAGGUGCCACAAGUACUCCUUUUGUAUUGAAAGAGUUAGUCAUCCCACUACUGCCAGACAAAAUGGUUCUGCCACUUCAAACCCAAGGGGAGUAUUAUCCAGUCAGGGGACAGUUAAGGUAGCUCUGAAUUACUUCAGUUGCCUUUCACUCCAAGGCCACUGGUUCAAAUCCCAAUCUAGAGAUUGUUUUGAUCCGUGGCCAGUAUGAAAUGAGGUUGUUUCCAGAUCUGAUUCCUAAUGGGCAGGAGUACAUUUGGCUCUAGAUGGGCCCCCUUAUUAAUGUCUGCAGGGAAGCCCGCGGACCGAAUGGUAGGUGGCACUUACAGCACUUUUCCAUGCUUGCUUGGCAACCAAAUUUCCCUAGAGAUGGUCCCUCUAGGUCAUAGCUGAGGUACAUUGGCAAAGGUACGGUGAGUGAAGAAACUUGCACUGCCCGGAGGAUCUCACUUUCUCUGGUUUUGAUGCAGAACCUUUCACCAGCAGUGAAAUCGUAACAAAUGUGACUAGACACCAGCCACCAGGGUGCUUGUCUGGCAAUUGGAAACCGAGCAUAGAGGCAAGAGCAGUUCUAAGAGGAAGUUACACACUGCUGUGUUAGAAUUCUGGACAGCCGUUAGUCUGCCCGAUAACUCAAACGCCUCUUCUGGCUCACAGAUACCAAGCAUCAAUCUAGAAUUUCCUUGCUAGUGAGGAAAAUGACCUGCUUGGCUUCCUUUUCAGAUAAGCUAAUAAAGGACAAUGCUGAGGGUUUUUUUUAAUUCUUGCAAGGUUCUGCAGCCGCAACAAACUACAGGCCCUGGUUCCAUCUCUCGUUCAUACACACUAGUCAGCAGCUCUUAGAAUUUCAGUUUUCCUGUUUGUAAAGUAUGCAAGUUUCCUUCUAUGUGAGAGACAGUAAUUGGUCAGGCAAAUCCGAAUGAAGGCACAAAGAACUUGCUAAACAAAGGGGGAAAAGACUCCGGCACUAAAUAGUACUGCUAUGAAGCAGUGUGUUGUUUCUGACAACCUGGUGAAUGUGAAUUUGUGGCAUCUGCUAUUUAAAAGGAACUUUUUUUACUUGGGUUGCCAGCAGCGUACAAUGUAAUGAUUAAAUCUGUCGAGCCGAAGCGUUUUUUGGUUUUUUUUACUACUAGUAAUGAAGUAGGAGAUGCUCAUUUUGUUAUGUGUAUUCCCUUUUGCUGUUCCCAUUUAAAGUCCCAUUGUGAUAACUUCCUGAAGGUGUGAUCUUUGUAGCAUGAUUGUACAAACAUACAUAUGAAAUUCCAGAUUUCUUGUUCUCACUAAAAUAUGUUAAAGCAAUAGCGAUUUUACUGCUGUCAUGCAUAGCUUAAGGUGUUUGCACACUUUUUCCCUCCCUCUUUCGUAUUGCUUGAGAUUUGCAACUUUGCUACUAUACUGUACUAGAGGAAUCCUAGCAUCCCAUUAUCAGGCAGACUCAGACAUGUUGUUGCCACAAGUAACUGCAGUGUCCUGGUAUUCCUUUUUUAAUUAUUUUUAUGGAAAAAUAAUAUAAAGGUUUUGUUACAGUGGAUUUUAACACCCGAACCCUGGAACCAUAUUAUUGAAACUCUGUAAAAUAAGUCAGUCUUUUAUGAAACCGCUUGAAAGUGGAAUGUUGCAUCCUUUUAUGCUAUUUCUUGCUUUCUAUGUAGUUUUAUUCAAUUUUUUUAACCUUUUUAAGUUUCAGCCUCCUGUGUAUUAGGUACAGUAUUUUCUGCCUUUCAUACUUUGUAAUAAAAAUGGAACAUUUAUAGAUUGA